CGACACCGACACUGCCGCCGCCGCCAUGCGCCGCUGAGGCGGGCGCUGGCCGGGCCUCGCCAUGGGGGCGCCGCCGCCCAACGGCAGCCUCGGCCCCACCGAGAGCCCCCCGCGGCCCGGCGGCGGGGCAGCGGCGGGGCCGGGCGAGCGCGGCUGCGAGAACGGGGCCCUCAUGGACAGCUUCGGCAUCUUCCUACAGGGGCUCCUGGGCGUCGUGGCCUUCAGCACCCUCAUGCUAAAACGCUUCAGAGAACCAAAGCAUGAAAGACGUCCUUGGAGAAUAUGGUUUUUAGAUACUUCCAAGCAAGCCAUAGGGAUGUUGUUCAUCCACUUUGCAAACGUCUAUUUAUCAGACCUUACAGAAGAAGACCCUUGUUCACUGUACCUUAUCAACUUCUUGUUAGAUGCCACAUUAGGGAUGCUGUUAAUCUACAUUGGUAUACGUGCAGUCAGCAGCAUUGUGGAAUGGCAGCAGUGGGAGUCCCUUCGCUUUGGUGAAUAUGGUGACCCACUGCAGUGCAGUGCCUGGGUGGGGCAGUGUGCUCUGUACAUCAUGAUUAUGACGUUUGAGAAAACCAUCAUCAUUAUAGUGCUUCUGAUACCUCAAUGGAAGGAGGUAGCUUUAUUGAAUCCUAUAGAGAACCCCCAGUUGGAGUUGGCUAUCGUCAUGUUGAUAGUUCCCUUCUUUGUUAAUGCAUUAAUGUUCUGGGUAGUAGAUAAUUUUCUUAUGAAGAAAGGGAAGACAAAAGCUAAACUUGAAGAAAAGGAAGCAGGACAAGAUUCAAGAAAUGGAAGUAAAGUCCGAUAUAGGAGAGCAGCAUCACAUGAAGAGUCAGAGUCAGAAAUCCUCAUUUCAGCAGACGAUGAGAUGGAGGAAUCAGACGCUGAAGAGGACUUGCGUAGACUGACCAACUUGAAGUCCAUUAAGAAAAAGAAGCAUCGUUUUGGUCUGCCUGUAUGACACAUUCCCUGACCUGUGUAUUUGCAGGUUUCAUGGCAAAAACUCCUCAGUCAGUGGGUUUUAAUGUUGCAAUUGCAUCUCCCUUUUCAUACAAACUGACUUAAAAGCAAGGUCUACCAACAUAAUGCAAGCAUUUGGAAGACUUGCAGUUCAGUUGCACUACAGACACACUGACCAAUUAUGCAAGAAUGUCUUUUCAUCAUAUGUGAAAACAGCGUUGUUAAGGACUAGUCACUAAGGUGAUUUGUAUCUGACAUUUCAGAGAAGAUCAUAGAAAACAGAUACAGCGAUCUUUCAUUUAUGGUUAGUGAAUGAUACAGUGUAAGAUGUUCUCAAAAAGGCAUCUGAAUCAACUAAGUUAGUGUGUUUUAUUACUAAAACUGGCUUUUGCAGCAUAAUUCCUAGAGCAGAAUAGUUUAUGGUUACAAGCUGUAACUUAAUGUUAUUUUUUUAAAGUACAAAUGUUUACUUGCUACCAGGUACCUAUGGAACUAAUAGGUGGAACAAAGAUUUUUUCCAAGUCUCCUCAAAUCUAUUUGACUAUUUUAUAUUUAAGUUAUAUUUUCAUACAGUUGUAUUUAAAGAUUCUCUUUGUCAGAGAAAAGGGUGCAGUUCCCUUUUUUGUGCAGAAAAGGUCAUAAGAUAUGUAGUGAUAAUCAUUUUAUCCUUGUGUCCCGGUUUAAGACAAAGAGGUUGCAAAGGGAAAGGCUCUCUGUCACUGCUGAAGUCACCAAAUAUCACUAAAAAUGCAGUCCUAAGUGUGCUUUUGACCACAUAAUUUGAAAGUACCUUUUUUUAAUAGGAGGUGUUGUUUGCAUAUUUGACAAAUGUGCACUUUAGUGUAUAACGAAAAUCUGUUGUGAUAGGUUACUUAUUUGUGAAAUGAAUAUAUCUAUGGAUGACUGUAAGUAUUUUUGUUUCUCUAAGUCUGUUAUGUGUACCUCUCGUAUAAUGCAAGAGAGAUGGAACAUUUCUUUCACUUUUCCUUGUAUAGGGCCUGCCAUCCAGGACCUUGAUCUGAUUGGAGGAGCUGUGCUACAGUAUUGUGAAUAAUUCUGUCCCAUACUUGAUUUUGUUGAAAAAGCAAUCUUCUGUUUAAUGCGCUUAAAAAUGGGUUUCUUCUGUUUAAUUUCCUUUAAGUCUGAUUAUUCUUUAGUAUUUUUAAAAAAGAGAGGUAUAAUACAGUCACUACAGAAUUUCUGCAGUUUUCAGUGUCUGUCUUCUAAUAAUUGUCAACAUGUGCUGCUUUAAAACCCUGCAGACAUGUUUUCAGUUACAUCCUUUUGCUUUGCAAAUUUUCUAAAUGAUUGUUUCUGACAGCUUUCCUUACGUAGCUAAACCUUGUACAGGACAAGGCGGUGUGUCGAAGAGGUGACAACAGAAAUAAAUUGCAGAUCUGUUUUACAAUCUAGACAUCAGAAAUGUUCCAAGCCUUAAACCAAACAGUUUCAUCAGAAAACUGCUCAGAACUUUUUAAGAUUUUUUACAUUUUUAUAGAUUUACUAGGUCUUAAUGUGAUUUAUUAUCCAGGCCACUUAAAUGGGGUUCUUGGGCCUUAGUAAAUACUGAACUGUGCGCUCCCUUACUUCUUUUCACUAUUCCAGCAUUCCUUUUCACCGCUUGGCUGCUGAGGUGAACACAGUGUUCUGAGACUUCAGGUACACUUCGGCGGAUCCGGCUGACUAAAAGGGACAUUUUACCAAACCUAACGUUUGCAAGUUUAGUUGAGCCACUGACCUCUGUUACUGUGCACUGAAAUGUAAUAACUGCAAUAAGUUUAAAUACUAGUGUUUCUUUUAGACUAAAUCUAGAAACUAAUGACAAUGGAAGCUUAAUUGAGUUAUUCUGAAGUGGGGGUAGGGGGCUGGGGAAAUGUCUCUAAUCGGUGUUGCCUCUGUUUUAGUUUUGUUUUUUUUUUUUCAUUGAUUGUGUGACUAGCAUCUUCUCUUGAUUGUUGACUGUUGGGCAGGCUCAUAUCUCCAAAAGCACAGUAUUUAAAGGAAUUCAUUUUCAUCAACAGGAUAGUCUCAUACAGCUCACUGUUCCAAAGGGAUUCAAGAGCUAGAGCUGGCUCUUGUUGCAAAUGUCAGUGUUUAUUUUUUAGCAUAGGAUUUGUUCUAUUUCAGAUAGUGAAAUAAAAGUAUUUAACAUGUGCUACAUACCACUGCACAGUCAUUGCUAUCCUCGUCAACUGAGCAGCGCACACAAAUUUAACUGUACAAGCUUUCAUUUUAUCUUCCUUUUCCCUCCUCUUCUAUAAUUACUUAAAUUAUUGAAAUGAUUUCUAUUUCUAGUCUCAUGUUUAGUCUGUGAAAUGUCAGUAUAAAAUUAUGGCCUUAAUCAUGUAAAAUAUUUGUUUUGAGCAGACCUCAAACUUACUGACCAAGUACAAAACAGUAUAAAGCACUAUGGAGCAGUUUCUUGAAGGUGGUUAUAGCAAAGGUAUACAAAUACCUAUUUUUUUUUCUGUCUUAAGUGCUUAAAUGUCACUUGGUUCGAGAUUUUGGUAUGCCUAGCAAGAUGACAUAGUAAAGCACUACGAGCCAAAGAGACAGAAGUCAAAUAUUUUGAAUACCACAGUAGUAAAAGGAGUAUAUCUUCAGAGGGAAAAAACAAUUCUAACUUUCUCUACUAAAGUAUACAAAAUUUAUUCCCAACCUUAGCCAAAUAACAAAACUGUUUUUUUUCAUUUUCUGUUAUCAUAUGGAAGAGAAAUGGAAAAUGUAAAAUUGGCAAUUUCCCUCUUUGUAAGGUAAGAAUUGGAAUUCUCGCAGUAGGUACAAGAUUACAUGCUCUUGUCAGAAGAGCUUGUGUGUGUGUGUGAGAAGGAUGUACCUAGUGCUUCACUAUGUCUUACUGCUCAUUGAAAUGUAGUGGCACUGCAGGCUGAAAUAAAUUUUUCAUCAAGAGUUGAUCCAGUAAUAAUAAUAUUGCGGCACAACAACAUUUGCAUUUAUGCUCAGAUUGGUGCUCUGAGUUAAUGCCUGGUAAAGGGACUUCAGGACAACUCAUAGCAAAGGUUUACUUCAGGCUGUGCUUAAAAAAUGUGAUUGUUUAAUGAAAAUAAGCUAUGUAGUAUAUGCCAAAGUAAGAGAAAGGGAUUGUAACUUACCGAAGAAAUACAGAAGCACUGGUGCAAACGGAGUUUACCACGAAUGGUCAACCUAAAUGUAUUAACUGUGUCUGGUAUCUGACCUGUGACACAUUUGCAUAAAUUUAAAACAUUGGUGUCGUCUAAUACGUGGUUUUCAAGUUCUGGCUUUGAUAUGUUCAGGUCCCCUUGUCUUACUUUAAGUAGGUAAAUGCUGUAUAUUAAUGUUGCUAUCUAAAAUGUACUAUAGCUUUUCUUCAGGGAAACUCAGAAAUUGAGUUGCAAAUUAGAGCAAUGCAAAGUGAUCCCCUCCAACGGAUUCCAGCUGCACCUGGGGAGGGAGGAGCGGGCUCGCAGCUCUGCUGAGAGCUGAGCAUCACAAGGAAUUUCUGCCACUGUGCUUGACUAACCCAUGUUUGCAACUUUGCUGUGCUUUUUGCAGGAGAAACCAGUAAUGAAAGAGCCACAUCAAGUCAGAGUAGAUCUACAGCAUAGGCGUGCAAACUUUUUUUAUGUAUUUAAAGUUUCCAGUUCAAUUACUGAAAAUGACUACUAUGGUUUUACAAAGUAAAACUGCAGUAUCUUUAAAAAAGGGACUCUUUUGUAGGUGUUUCUGUCUUUGCGUGGGUAUCUGUCUCAAACUGAAUGUUGGGUUUGUUUGUAAGUAAAUUCAGAGUAGAGCCUGUGUGAGCAAAACCAACGAGCUGUAUUCUGCUGCCCUCUGUUUGGACCAUAUUGUUUAAUCAGUAGUGUUACCGUAAACUUCUAAGGGUAUCUGAUGUAAUUACAUUGUAUAAUGGUUUACAAUAAAGUUUGACUUAUUACA